UCCUUUGACAUCGUUAAUGUUGUUUUCUUUCCGGUUCUGAAUUUUCCCUGUUUUCUGUUGGGUUUUAGUUUUGAUGGCUUCUCCAUCCUUCCACACUUAUAGGAUCUAUAAGUAAAUUGUAAAUAUUCACUGGCACAGAUAGUCUGACAUGUUAUGUUAAAUUACCAGAGAUGGAACAUAAACGUUAAUUACAUGUAUGUUUAUAAGGUGUCUGAUAAUUUUUCGGAUUGCAGGUAAGCAAUGGAGGCGAAAGCAAAUAAGCAGGAUUACAGAUAAGGUGUUUGAUCAUUUUAAAAAUGAGAGAGGAAGGGCUAACUUGACUUUUGAGGAUCUGUAUAUCGGUGUACUACUUGUGUACAAUGAUAUCAAUAAGCAUUUACCCGGCCGGCAUUUUGAUCCACCCUCCAAAGAUACUGUCAGAGCUAUGAUGAAGGAAAACGAUCCCAAUCUUGAUGAAGAGAUUGACAGUGAAGAGUUUGCAAAGUUCAUCAAGCAGUUGACAGCGGAGACAUUCGUUGUUGUCAGUCAAGGACUGAUCCUCACGCUGGUUGCAGCACCGGUGUUUGCAAUGGUGACAAAGAGGGCUACCGAGGGUUUACCGGGUGUCGGAAAGGUUGUGCAGAGAUUACCCAAUUCAGUUUAUGCAUCACUUCUAACUCUUACUGUUUUGUUGUUUCAACAAGUGCGCCAGGAGUUUGAUUAGCUGCAAGUUUGUUCUCUAUUCAAUCCUUCUAUGGUUUAUUUAAAAGACUUGAUUAUAUAUAUGUUUUGGGUUAAAAAAUUAGUCCCUUCGGUUGGGUAAUUAUGGCUGCAUAAUAAUGUACAAGGAGAAUGGUGUUUGAACUAAUCAUAUACAAAUAGUUGUCUUUUGGAAGUUAA